CACAAACUUGUAUUAAGUUAAUCCUUGGAUAUCAUUGACAACAAGAGCACAGUCCUCACUUUAAAGGAUGAUGAGAUUGAAGAGGGAUCUGAUCCUGCUGGUGCUCAUCUCAUUGUGCGUUGGUCAAAAAAAGAAGAACACUCGGGAAGCAUGGAAGCACACUGAAAAAACACAUGACAAAAGCUGCACAAACCUGACCCAAGUGCUGGACAACUGGAAAUAUGCCAUCAUGCAUCAGGUGAAGAAUCUGCUGGUUAAUGACCACAUUUCGGUUUUACCUGAUUAUGGGAGGAUCAGACCUCUGUCUGAUGCAGUAGAUGACCUCUACAACCAAUUCAACACUUUGAAACACAGCCUAGAAAAACUGACCAGGAAAUUUGACGGGGUGGAGGACUUUGUGGAUGAGCUGCAAGCAGGGAAAAUCCCCAAAGCCUGGAUGUGGCAGGAACCACGGCGUCCGCAUGUCAGAAUGCCGACUCAGAUACCAAUGAGAGCCCCUGUUAGAGGAAACUGGGUUCGGAGGGCAAGAGCCCGGAGAAUCCCUGGUACUUAGUGGACUUUAGUGGAAUUGUAAAGGGAUCUUGACCAGGGCUUUUAUUAUAUAAACUAUUAAUUAUAAUAAUAAACAUUUCUUUAAAUGUUUUUUAGAUAAUUAAGGUCCUUAGCUCCGUAAAAUGCUUUAACUGGGAACCAAUCCUAAAAGAAACCCUUUAAAAGAAAAUCUUUAGGGGUUCCUCCUAUUGUACAACCAAAGAUCCCAUAAUGCCUUUGAAUUUGAUUUUUUUUAUUAGACAGUAUAUACUGUAUAUACAUAUAUAUAUAUAUAUAUAGUAUCUCACAAAAGUGGGUACACAAAACUAUCAAAUUGAAAUUUGAAUAUACUUUAGAGUAGUCAUUGUGCAGCUUGUACAGCAGUAUAGAUUUAUUGUUCUCUACAAAUAACUCAACAUACAACCAUUUUUGUCAAAAUAGCUGGCAACAAAAGUGAGUACACCCUAAAUGAACAUGUUAAAACUGUGUCCAAAGUGUCUAACUUUUGUGUGAGGAUAAUUGUUAUCUAUCACUGCCUUAAUUCUCCUUGGCAUGUAAUUCAUCAGAACUGCACAGGUUGUUGCUGGGAUCCUCUCCUCCAUAAUGACAUCAUGGAGCUGCUGGAUGAUUACACAUUACGCUUCUCCACUUUCCGUUUGAGGAUGCCCCACAGGUGCUCAAUAGGAUUAACGUCUGGAGACAUGCUUGGUCACUCCAUCACCUUCACCUUCAGCAUGGCAGUUGUCAUCUUGGCGAUGUUUGGGGUCGUUUUCAUGUUAGAAAACUGUCGUUCGGCCCAGUUUCUAAAGGGAGGGCAUCCUGUUCUGCUUUAGAAUGUCACAGUACAUGCUGAAAUCCAUGUUUCCCUCAAUGAACUGCAGCUCCCCAGUACCAGCAGAACUCAUGCAGCACUAGACUAUGAUGCUACCCCAACCAUGAUUGACUGUGGUCAAGACACAAUUUUCUUGGUAAUCUCAGCCAAACAACUUUAUCUCAGUCUCAUCAAAACACAGGAUAUGGUUCCAGUAAUUCAUGCUCUUGGACAGGUUAUCUUCAGAAAACUGUUUACGGGCCAGCUUCAGAAAACGCUUCCUUCUAGGACGAUGGUCAUGCAAACUGACUUGUUGCAGUGUGGGACGUAUGGUCUAAACAAUGACAAGCAGACAACUUUGCUUCUGCAACCUCUAAAGCAAUGCUGGCAGCACUCAUGCGUCUGUUUUUCAAGCCAGAUUCUGCAUCUGACGCACAGCAUGAGGACUCGACUUCUUUGAUUGACCCUUGGGGGGCCUGUUAUGGAACCUGUCUUGGAAAACCUUUGUAUGAACCUGGCCACUGUACUGUAACUCAGUUUAAUGGACGGACGGACGGACAAACAGACAGAUAGAUAGACAGACUUUAUUCAUCCCAAUGAGAAAUUUACAGAACAAGGGGGUUUAAGGGUGUUACCAAUCUUCUUUUAGCCUCGGUAUCUUUGUGAAGAGCAGCAGUUCUAAUUCUCAAAUCCUCAGAGAGUUCUUUGCCAUGAGGUGCCAUUGAACAUCCAGUGGUCAGUAUGAGAAUUGUACUCAAAGCACCAAAUGUUUAACUGCUUUAAUACAAGAUACACAAAUUUGUAUGGUCCUGUCAAGCAGACAAAAACAUAAACAUGAUGAAUAAAACGUGGCUUUGCAUGGUUAAGCGACGUACAGUGGUACCCGGAGCUGGCGGGGGUUAGGUUCUAAGACGAGUUCCGAAAAUCCACGAAUUUUGGACGCACCAUCGCAGCCCCUACGGUACCUUAUUGAAUUAAUCUAAGUAAUGUCACUUUAUAAACAUAAUUGUGUACAGUAUUUGACCAAAUACAUAGUUUAAAUUGUUAUUCUAACGUUUCUGAACAUUUGGUCCAACUUUCUGUUAGUUAGGUUCCAAAUAAGAACACGCACACUUUCCAAGGGGUUGACUGUACAGCUGUUAUCACUUAGGGUGUACUCACUUUUUUUUGCCAGCUAUUUUGACAGUAAUGGCUGUAUAAUUUUCAGGGGACAGUAAAUCUGCACUGCUAUACAAGCUGCACAUUGACUACUGUGUUGACUAAAAUAUAUCCAAGUUUCAUUUCUUUAGUAUUCUUCCUUGGGAAGAUUAUACUAAUAUUGUCGUUGAAAUGUGAGGGUGCUACUCCCUCUUUGAGAUAUUGUUUGUAUGUAUGUAUGUAUGUAUGUAUGUGUGUGUGUAUAUAUAUAUAUAUAUAUAUAUAUAUAUAUAUAUAUAUAUAUAUAUAUAUAUACAAACACACACCCCCAUAGUUCAACAAAAGAUGGUAACAUUGGCAAAUCCAAUUAGCAUUAUUUUUUACAAUAAGGGAACAUUUGAUGUAUUUUAAAAACGCAAAGCUUUGCCUACAAUAUAUUGUUUUAGAAUUAGCAGCAAAUCAGCUGGGCUGAUUAUUUUUGCUUUGGCAAAUCUAUAUAUAAAAUGUUAUUUUAAAGAAAUGUAUACAUCUUAUUGCAGGUUUAUCAUAUACCGGAUAUAUUCUGAUCACGUAUGAUCACAUUUAUUUUGUUAAGAGUGUGCUAUAAUAAUAAUAAAAUAUACAGGAGUUUAAAUUACUUUCUUUUACACAAGCCUCUGUAGUUAAUUGUUUUGAAAUAUGGAAAAGUCAAGUAGGUAUAUUUUAUUUAAUCUAUGACAAUGCUGUUAAAUGCAUUCAAUACAGCUGCAUGAAAAUCACAGAACAGUUAAAUACUGUACACAGCUUCAAAAUAAGCCAGGAUUAUUAAGGAUUAAGUCUUUAUUAGCAGAUGAAUAAGUAAGAUAAUGGAAAAAUCAAUAUCACUGAGUUUCCUGGCUUAGUCAUUUAUACCUCAUUACUUUUGUGGACAUGACUUAUAAGUACACUUUCCAUUUAGCGAUUUGAUGCUUUUUCAGUUUUCUGCUUUCGUGUGUGUUCUUCUGCAGAAGCCAGUCUGUUUUUGGGUGCAUGGGAAAACUUAAUUAAAUAAAAGGAAACAAGACUUUAACUUUUUUAUUUUAUUUAUUUGGCUGCUUCAUGCUUCCUCUAAUCAGAAAGUCCAAUAGAUACUGGAUGUUCAACUUAAAAGUGACUGCCUCAAUGAAGGAAUAAA